AUGUCAAAAGCAAAUAAAGCUCUCAACCCACACUUGCCGCGCGGCUCUAAAUAUGUGGAUGGUCAGAUCGUGCACACGGAAACAAAUCAGAGAUUAUAUUUUCGAACUCCAGUUCACGCUGUUUGUCGGAAGCAGUUUGAUCCAAGCCGCACUUUGUCAUCAAGUGAUUUGGAGGACUUUGUGAAAGCUCAUUACAAGGAGCGGUCUGUUUAUGGAGCGAUCACUGCUCUGGAAAAUCGAUUUCUACUCGAGCCGAAUGCUUCAAGAAAAAAAGCGAUGUUCCAUUCUGGACUUGGGUACCAUGAAAUUGAAGCUGUUUAUGAAAGCAGUUUCGCUCCGCAAUUCGUCGUGUUAAACGUGCGUCCCGAGUGUGGACUGAAGUAUUGCGAAUUGUACAAGUUCAAACAAGCGAGUGAUGCAGCUGAGUUUACCGCGGUUAUCAGCACAGCCAUCCAAAAUCCAAGUUUAAUGAACAUACGUGGUUUGGGGAACUCAAACACAUUGGAACCUUCCAACGUCGGCUUACAUCGCCCAAUGUCUCAUAUGGAAUUCCAGGUGAAUCCAGAUACCUUGAGUAUACCGAAAUGGCACUCCCAGAUAGACUUCCCAACAAGUCCGAUCGUGCCUCAGGAGUGGAGUCAUAUCCCGCAAGUGUCACCUCACUAUCAAUUAAAAGUUCAGCAAGAAAAUUUGGAUUAUCCACCACUACAGCGAAGGGACCUUGUAACGUUCAGCAAACGGACACCAUCCCGUCGGGUGCAGUUAUUGUUCCAGCUGAAAGAUAUCACUUUUAUCGGUUUCAAACCUCGAACUCGUGAGCCCUUUGAAAACCUUCAUGGCCCCGUUUUCAUGUACUCUGUUACGAAAGAAAAGAUGGAAUUGCCUAAAAGGCGCCGUUAUUCUGCUGGUUUGGAAUUUACCCCAUUUUCCCCGGAAGUAGACAGAUUCUGA